GCCUGCGCCGGGUCGUGCCGGGCGCAGAUUUCCUUGGAAUCCCCCCUUUUUCCCGGGAACGGGCAAUUCCAGCCGCUCUCCGAGAGCCUGCGGCGCUACGUCAUGAGCCACUUCCGCUGGAACCAGUUCGGCCGCCGGAACGGCAGCGAGCCCGGGAAACGGGAGGAGGAGGAGGAGGAGGAGGAGGAGAAAUCCGGGAACGAGCCCGGAAUUCCCGGCUUUUCCCAGCGCUCCGGGGAGCCGGGGAAGGACGGGAAGCGCUCGUAUUCCAUGGAGCACUUCCGGUGGGGGAAACCCGUGGGGCGCAAGAGGAGGCCGGUCAAGGUUUACCCCAACGGGGCCGAGGAGGAGUCGGAGGAGAAUUCCCGGCUGGAAUUCCGGCGGGGGGAACCCUCGGAAGGCGAGGAGGAGGAGGAUGAGGAAUUCCCGAGGUUCCCGUGGAAUUCCCGGAAGGAGAAGCGCUACGGGGGAUUCAUGAGCUCGGAGCGGAUCCGGACGCCGCUGGUGACGCUCUUCAAGAACGCCAUCGGGAAGAGCUUCUCCAAGGAUGGGCAGUGA